CACGGACGGCGUUGUCAUAGUCUGUCCUAAGCGAGGGGGAAAACGGUGUAACCUUUUGAGGUGAUUAAAUCGACGAUGUUGAUUUAAAAGGCUAGCCUAAAAAAAAACAUGUGGUCCAGAUGGGCAGCUUCGUGAGUGAGUUAAAACACAAGACAAUAAAUUAGCUUUUUUUGUCUUUCCAUAAACGAAAUUACGGUCUGAAUAUGAGGAUUUGAUCAACUUUCUGUCAUCUAUUUGAAACGAAUGAUGAUGAUAUCACAUAACACCACAUUUGGCGUGUCAAGUUGUACCGUUUCCCCCCUGUUUCUAUUGUUUAUUAAGACGCAGAUUUAUGGAAGAGUUAAUAUGAUGCACCAAUAAAAUAGUGGGCCACAACAAUUUUUUCAUGUUGCAGUUUGCAGUUGCUGACAUCUACAGGUGCCCCCUGGAUGAGGCAGGUGUAUGCGGCAGUGCGUGAUGACGUAGAAAUGCAGCGCCGCCCGGAGACCAAAAAAAACAAAACUCACUAGCACGCCAGGCUUAUCUUGUUUUGAAAAGGCUUAAACAGGCAAUUACGGAGCUAUAUCGUGUCCAAUGCUUUCCGCGUUGGAUGGUGAAGAAACAAACUUAUUGCCAAAUCAUCACUCCUUUUUUACACGAGCCACGGAUCCGUUUCCCUCGCCAUGGUAGAUGAUGACGAGUUAUUCUCCUCACAUCGGACCAAAGAGGACAUGGAUAUCAAUGGCGAGCUCGUACCCCCUGACGGGCUGUGCUGGAUAUCAGUGUUUUCCUGCUUACUGCUCGCAUGUUCCUACGUGGGGAGUUUAUAUGUAUGGAGAAGUGACCUACCAAGGGAUCACCCAACGGUGAUCAAGAGGCGCUUCACAAGUGUGCUGAUAGUUUCUGCGCUGUCACCUGCUUUUGUGUGGACAUGGAAGGAAUUCACAGGUGUAAGGCCAACUCCCUCCUUGCUGGCUCUGAUGGGGAUCCGCUUUGAGGGGCUCAUUCCGGCCGUCAUACUUCCCCUGCUGCUCACCAUGGUCCUCUUCCUAGGCCCUCUCACCCAGCUGGCCAUGGACUGUCCCUGGAGCUUCUUGGAUGGCUUACGGGUAGCUCUUGACCCGUGGUUCUGGAGCCUGUGUGCCAGCGACAUGCGCUGGCUGAGGAACCAGGUGGUGGCCCCCCUCACGGAGGAGCUGGUGUUCAGGGCCUGCAUGCUGCCCAUGCUGGUGCCGUGCGCCGGCCCCGCCCUCGCCGUCAUCACCUGCCCCCUCUUCUUUGGCGUGGCCCACUUUCACCACGUCAUCGAGCUGCUGCGCUUCAGACAAGGGACUAUCUCUGGGAUCUUCCUCUCUGCAGUGUUCCAGUUUUCCUACACAGCGGUGUUUGGGGCCUACACCGCCUUCAUCUUCAUCCGAACUGGGCACCUGAUCGGGCCCGUGAUGUGCCACUCCUUCUGCAACUACAUGGGCUUCCCGGCCGUCAGCGCGGCCCUGGACCACCCCCACCGCGCCACCGUGCUGGCCUGUUACCUGCUGGGCGUGGGCCUGUUCUUCCUCCUCCUCUUCCCCUUGACGGAGCCCGCCUACUACAGCCCGCCCACCCCCGUCUGCACCCUGGCCCCCCGCCUCACCUCGCUGUGUUCGUCUUGAGCCCCGCCUCCCGGCCCUGCCCCCUCCCCCGGCGGUCUAGGCUGGGUCUUGGGUCUUGGAUCCGGCCCGGUGGGGACGGCUUAGCCCUGGAGCCCUCCUCCGGUGCAGGCCUAUUCACCAAGGGGGCAGGGGUGUGAGACGGACAUGCUACGUGCUACGGGCUACCGACCAGGGAAGCCUAGCAAAGCGGUGUUGGUAGCAUCACCGUCGUGGGGGCGUGGUGGAUCACUCUGGUGUGGAAGCCCAGGCCCGUGGGUUGGUAACAUUGACCGGUGCUACUGACGAGCUACAGCCUUCUGGACACAUGACGGUUGGCUAGGGGGACAUGGUGGGUUGGGAGUGUUACCGUGCAAAUACUGCAACUGUUAUUGCGGUUGGUUUUUCCGAUUGGCUGAAAGAGUGCAGGGUUCGUAUGGCCGGUCGCAUCACUAGGCAUUCGUUUUGUGAUGGAAUGGAAGUGUUUGUUGUCUAGAGUAACCCCCCACUAUUUGUUUGAGUUGAACCACGCCUAUGUUUGCUGCUCUCUAAUGGGGACCAAUUUUAAAGCUACAUUAUACAUCCAUUUGAUUCCAAUAAACAGUCAUCCAAAGGGUUAAGUUCGAAAUUUAAGAAGCAGGCCAUUGUAUUUGUACACUUUUUUUUUUGCUGUGAGUUCAGAAAACAGGUGAUGGAUUCUGGCCCCAGAUGGCAGCAAACUCACAGGCAAAGUAACCACCACGACUAGUUGCAGCUGAAGUCCCGUUUGCCAAUUUAUUCACCCCUUGCUGUUCUCCACAUUUCUUUUCGAGGUACUUCUGUAGUCGGCCAACAACACAACAAUACACCCAGCCCCCCCAAAGCUUUCGAUUUGCCAAAUUGGCAUUGUGUGUGUGUGUGUGUGCGUGCGUGUGUGUGCGUGCGUGCGCGUGCGUGUGUGUGCGCGCGCGUGUGUGUGCGCGUGCGCGCCUGGGGGUCUGAGGGUCUUUUAGUUCAUUUGUUUUACGGUGGUUUCAUAAAAUAACUAGUUGUGUGGGUGGAAUUGUUCCUUCAAAAAAAUAAAGUGUUCAAAUGUGUACUAGAAUGGGGAAGCUCAGAUGUAGGUCACUGGCGACAUGGACACUCUAAACCACUUCGUUCGCAUGCUGCUACAGACCAUAAUUGCAAUACAGAUUAGGGGGAAAUCCCCAAGUGCUUGUACUGAUGACAUUAACAUUUUUAAAGAACGAAGUUUGAAUUGCCAACAUUUCCUUGUGUAGAAUUGAAUUAUGUCUGAUCGGGUAUUUCCACAAUGUCCCCCGUUACAUUCGGUUUCUUAAAAGUAAAUGUUGGGAUUGUUGAAUUCAUCCAUCUUUUUGCUUUUGGUUGUGGAUGCUCUCCACUAGAACGCAUAACACGAUCAUAUUAUUUACCCAUGGUGUACAAGUCUCGACGAUAUGUAAAUGUAGGCUUCUCUGAGCGGGUGUUUCGCUGACCACUGUGCAAUGUAAACGCUCUGAGCUUGAAAUCUGAGUAUUUUUUUAUUGUUAUUUUGUUUAUAGCAAUAAAUGAUAGCGUGUUCUAGGCUAGUGGGAUAGAACUACAAGUGAGAAGUAGAAAUGGUAGCAACAAUGCUGUGUAUGGUGCUUUUGGUGUUGGGCUGCACUUGCUUUGUCUCUCCACCAGAGGGCAACAUAGUUACGUUUCUUUGGUAGAGGCCCUCUUGUGUGAAGGGCCCCUGCAAUUUGACUUGGGCUCAGUCAACCAUCGCUGCAACAAAAUACACUUAACUCCCCAUGUGCUUUUAUAUUUGUAGAUAAUUGUUUCUGGAUUUCCUCUGGCUAGAUCCCAAUAGAGUAGAUUGACGCAUAGAUGAGUGAAUGCAUCAAUCUACGAGCUCGCCUCGAUCUCUGACAUCACUCUUCUCGCUGCUCUCCGUGAUCACAUGAUCAGGGUGCUACAGUAGGACACCAAAUGGACUCAGUCUCCCUUUCUACAUUUCUCUUCCCCAACAUUCACAGAUCCCAAAUUUGGUGGUUGACGUAUGAAUUCACGUAGCGACAAAGUAGGCAAUGCUUGCAUCCGACUGUAUUUUUAUCAUCCUCGGUCCUCACCUCGUUUCAGGGAGAGCCGAUGCUUUCUGGGCAGCUACUUGAUGAAUUGCAUAUUACAGAAUCCUGUUCUGUGCCUGCGACAAAGUAUGAAUCUUAACGUGGACUAGAUUAACAUUACAAUGCAGGCGAGGUCGUCAGAACUCUCCACUGGUCUGUGACUGUGCUCAACAGCUGUUGGACGUCACAUUCAUCACCCGUCAAAAUGUGCUUUUAAUUCUGUGAUAUUUAGCUGCUUUUGAAUUGAAUUUUAUAUUUAAAAAAAAAAAAAAAAAGCUUCUGUUCCUAACUUGAGUUUGACGUGAAAUGUAUGGCACUGGGUGUGUGGUGUCAUCACUCCCCCUUGUACUGAACAAAGACACCGGCAUAUUUAUUUUCUGCAGAACAGUCUUAAUUUUAAUAACCAUGCAUCAUCUGCAUAUACGCUGAACGGACACAAGAAUCUAUUUUUGCUAAGUUAUAUUCAGCUCUGCAGUUUUAAUUUCCAACUACCAGAAUACGAAUGGCUAAACAUGCAUUUUGACCACGACAGAGAUUUAUAAUUGGCCAUAAUUAUAAAUAGCGAACCUCACAGAUAUUUGUACCGAACGCUAUAUUUUGUAGUCAAAUCUAUUUUGGAGAAUGUGAACAGAUUGUACAGACAUCUCUGCAUGUGUUUUACGUUCACGUGCCACAGUUGCACAAUGCAAUCAUCCCGUUGGUCAGAAAGCCUGUUUUAAUAUGCCACUCUUUUACAGUCUUGGACAUCUCAUACUGUAACAAGGUGAAACAUUUGUAAAUAAAAACAAAACGUUUCAGAGAAA